AUGUUUACUGUUCGGUGGCCAUCAUUGCCUUCGCUUGGCUUGUUUUCGUCCUCGCCCGCGCAGGCGAUUGAUUUGCCCCCGGUCCACGUCCAUGAAACUGAGACAGCUCAAGACAAGCCGGCCCGGGCCUUCAAGCACCUACUGAAAUUGAACCAUGUUGAGAACUCGCUGUUCGACUGUCGGAACUUCCCUAACCAGUUAAUACAUCUCUUGAGCUCCUCCUUUCUGCAAGGCGCAGACGCCGAUACUUUAGGCCGGAUAUAUGAGGAGGAAGUGUCUGAUCUAGUUAAAUGGAAGGAAUCGCCGGCGGAAAUCACUACUCUUGACUGGCGAGGCCACCUGGGAUGUCGAGGUUUUGAUCGAGCGUUUGUGGAUUUCUUUGAAGAUGAAAUGGUCCGCCUCAGCUAUGACUGGAAGGAAGUUGUGGCCGAGUACCUGUUUACCGGCAAGGAGCCCAUGUUCGAUUCUAUAAUGGCUUCUCGUAUGUUUUCACGCUUCUCAAGAAAGAUUGACUUCACUUUGCACGCGCUAACCAUCUGCCUAGUCGGAUUGCCGUUGAUCCAUCUUGCGUACGCUUUUGAAAUGGACAGUCGUGAAAUUGCAAUGGAAGCACUCGGCCUUGCAGCAACCUGCCACAAUGACAUAUACAAGUCCAUGGAGGACCCUAAACACUCGGAAAAUAAGGCAUCAUACGAAUCAAAGUCACUCUUUGCAAUUCUCGACCUGGUCCGGAAAGAUGAGGACUUAGAUGGCCUCUUCCCCACUCCCGGCAGCGAUAACGUCGAUACCCUUUUUGUUAGCCGCAACGCCGCGCUUCUCAACCACUGGAAGGCAUGGAAGAUCGAGAAUCCCAUUGAACAGUUCCGGGAGAGCCAAGAGCUUGCAGCUGCCUUGCUAGUUGGAACAGCUGCAGGCGAUUCGACCGGGCAUUACGAUUGGUUCUUCGCUUUGGACCUCGCAACCAGUCACGCGGUCCGUGUCGUGCUGCCUUUCAUACCUCCACAGUUCCAAAUUUAUCUUCUUCGACAAUGGUGGUUAAUCUGUGUCGGCAUCUACGUGGCGCAACUGCGCCCCGAGAUCAGAAUGGACCAAAUUCGGAAUUAUGAUCUGAAUGGAAAGGACUGGGAAUGGGUUGCUGAGAAAGCUGUCAAUGGUGAAUUCUCAUCCAAUGUCUACUUUGUCAAAACCACUCGAGCACUGAAGGAAAUGGCCUCGACUUGGGGCGAUUCCGAUAGCUUUUUCUUGAAGGCUGCUGUGCGAUUUGUGACUGAGUUCAAGCGUUGGCGAGGUAACUUUGUCGGAUACGAGCUGUAG